CUAGUGCCGUUUCAGCUUCUUUAGAGAUAACAGUGAAUUCGUCAUUGAGUGAACGAAAACAACAUGUAACGUCAAGUGUCAAUCUAAAACCGAAUAGAAUCGAUCUAAAGUGUUAGUUAUCGAUUAUCUGCUUUGUAUUGAUAAAUACUUUGUUACAGUCUUUGGAACAACACCCCGAUCAGAAACCCGACACAAGGUCCGUAAAACAUUACCGAUCGGAACGAAAAAUGGCAUCGAUCGUUGGUACUUAUCAACACGAACGCAAUGAAAAUCUCGACGAAUAUUUUAAAGCUGUGGGUGUACCAUACAUUCCGCGGAAAAUGAUGAUCAUGUCCAGUCCGCGACUGGAAAUAUCAAAUGACGGUGACAAAUGGACCAUUCGUACCAUUUCCAUGAUACGCACAGUAGAAAUAAUAUUUACUCUUGGCGAAGAGUAUGAGGAACACAUGCCUAAUGGAGUUACACUGAAAAAUGUGACUGCAAUGGAAGGAGAUAGUCUAGUGACAACUUCAGUCGGGCCAGAUAACAAUAAACUGGUGCGGAAGUACGAAGUUACAGAGGACGGUGUGGUUUUGACAAUGACCCACGAAAAGAGUGGCCAAGUGGCAAAGCGUUAUUUUAAGCGGCUUUCGUAAACCUCGAUUAUAUUUUGGGGAAAAAAUAUUUUUGUAUUUUAUUCGUCAUACAUUAGCUUUCUACAUGUAACCUGUUAGUUUUUUUGUAUAUUUAUAUUUACAUUGUAAUAAUAAUUCUUCUAUGAUAUCUUUUGAAAGUAGGGUUUUUAAUAACGGAAAAGAACCGAAAGAAUCGUGUAGGAACGAAAGCCGCGUGAAAAUGCCUCCACUUGCCGGAGGGAAAAAAGUCGGAUCGAUCGUAAAUGUUCCCACUGUUAUUUAAAGUAUAAAGCCCCGCCUACUUUUAUUAUCCGUCACGUGUUGCAUAGUAUACAAACAAUGUUGUACUGUCAGUUGUGUUAAAUAAAAAUAAAUUCUCGCUUGAGCACA